UCGAAAAUUUCCAGAUCUCAAAACAAAAAAAAAAAGAAAAUCGGUCACUUCACACACUAUCUCCGCAUCACCGGUCUCCGCCACUCUUUUUCACUCCCCCAAAAAUCACGAAAAUGCCACUGUAAUUGAUUCUUCAUUAAGGUUCAAAAACGAUACCGCAGAUCUCCGCACAAAGUGCCACCGCUCGCCGUCGUUUUUGAGUUAUUUUUCGAACCAUGAAACCUCUCGGCAAUGUCGAUUUCCUCAAAAGCCAAACAGCGAUCAAAUUCGGGGCCUUUAUCUUCAUCUCCAUCGCUUUCUUUUACUUAGGCAAACACUGGUCCGACAGUUCCCGCCAGCUCAUCUUCUUCUCCCGUCAAGCCCCUUCCGAUACGACGUCGUUUUCACCUUCCAUCGUUAUUUCUCCUAAUCUCAAUAAGGAAUUCAACAUAUCGGCUAUGAUUAACACCAGCGAACCUGAAACCGAACCGAAAUCAGUUAAAAACAAAGAUAAACCGGUGUCAGUGUCGAAAGUAGCUCCACCUCCUCCCCCUCCUCCGCCUCCCCCGCCGGAGAUCAAGAGUUUCGGGAUCGUGGAUGAGAAUGGUACGAUGUCAGAUGAGUUUGAGAUCGGCGAGUUCGAUCCCGAUUUGGUGGAGAAUUGGGGGAACGGAAACGAGAUUGAAGCGGAAACGGAGAAGGAGAAUGUUAGGUAUACAUUUAGGGUUAAGAAGUUUGGGCUUUGUCAAGAGAAUAUGAGAGAGUAUAUACCGUGUUUGGAUAAUGUAGAAGCGAUUAAGAGGCUUAAAUCGACGGAAAGAGGGGAGAGAUUUGAACGGCAUUGUCCGGAGAAAGGGAAAGGAUUGAAUUGCUUGGUUCCGGCUCCAAAAGGGUACCGGCCUCCGAUCCCGUGGCCUAGGAGCCGCGAUGAGGUAUGGUUCAGCAAUGUUCCUCAUAUGCGUCUAGUAGAUGACAAAGGUGGUCAAAAUUGGAUUGCCAGAAAAGGGAAGGAUAAAUUCAAGUUUCCCGGAGGUGGCACACAGUUCAUACAUGGGGCAGAUCAGUACCUGGAUCAGAUUUCUAAGAUGGUCCCCGAGAUUACAUUUGGUCAUCAUAUUCGGGUUGUUCUGGAUGUUGGAUGUGGUGUGGCAAGUUUUGGUGCCUACUUGCUAUCACGGAAUGUUAUAACCAUGUCGAUAGCUCCCAAAGAUGUGCAUGAAAACCAGAUUCAGUUUGCACUUGAGCGUGGAGUGCCUGCAAUGGUGGCUGCAUUUGCAACUCGCCGUUUAUUUUACCCAAGUCAAGCCUUUGAUUUGAUACAUUGUUCUAGAUGUCGUAUUAAUUGGACUUGUGAUGAUGGAAUUUUGCUCCUUGAGGUGAAUAGAAUGCUCAGAGCUGGUGGAUAUUUUGCUUGGGCAGCACAGCCAGUUUACAAGCAUGAAGAAGCCCUUGAGGAACAGUGGGAAGAGAUGCUUAACCUUACUACUCGCCUCUGCUGGAAUCUUGUAAAGAAGGAAGGAUAUAUUGCAGUAUGGCAGAAGCCCUUUAAUAACGAUUGUUAUUUAAGCCGUGAAGCUGGGACUAAUCCUCCUUUGUGUGAUCCAGAUGAUGACCCAGACAACAUUUGGUAUGUUGAUCUGAAGGCAUGCAUUAGUCGACUUCCUGAGAAUGGAUAUGGUUCAAAUGUUGCUCCUUGGCCUGCUCGUCUGCAAACUCCACCUGACAGGCUUCAGAGCAUAGGAAUUGAUUCCUACAUAGCUAGAAAAGAGCUCUUCAAGGCAGAAUCAAAAUACUGGAAUGAAAUAGUGGCAAGUUAUGUCCGUGCUCUACAUUGGAAGAAGUUUAAACUAAGAAAUGUAUUGGAUAUGAAAGCUGGCUUUGGAGGAUUUGCAGCAGCAUUGAUUGAUAAUCAACUUGAUGCUUGGGUUCUAAAUGUGGUCCCCGUUAGUGGGCCCAAUACCUUGCCUGUUAUAUAUGAUCGUGGAUUAAUAGGGGUCAUGCAUGAUUGGUGUGAACCAUUUGAUACAUAUCCAAGGACCUAUGACUUUCUGCAUGCAGCUGGCCUCUUCUCAAUUGAAAGGAAAAGAUGUAAUAUGUCUACCAUCAUGCUUGAAAUGGACCGGAUAUUGAGACCUGGUGGACGAGUAUACAUCCGUGAUUCUCUUGAUGUUAUGGAUGAACUUCAAGAUAUUGCAAGAGCCAUGGGUUGGGUUCCAGCUCUACGCGAUACAUCUGAGGGUCCUCAUGCAAGUUACAGGAUCUUGGCAUGUGACAAGCGCCUCCUUCGUUGAACAAAAGGAACUAAAAACUCAAGUUGUAUAUCUUUGGUGUUAACUACGGCAAAUUGAAAAGGCAAUUAGACAGGCUAAUGCAUCUAUUUGCACACGCACAUUUCCAAGUAAAAGAAAGGAGGCCGUUUAUUGAAAUUUUAACUGCAUAUAGGGAGAGGAUUAACGAAUGCCGUCAUGGGCCAGGGUACAUCAGACACUUUCAGAUACAGGAAGAUCAAGCCAGAUAUUUGAUUUCCUCAGCUGGAAGGGACCCUGCUAUAUUACAGCUCCAUUUGUAACCUAUUUGUAACAUAAAUAUUGUCGAACUAUGUGCAAUUUUUUUUUCUCGUGGUAGGGUAAGAUCAUUGUUUUCAUUUUAUUUAAUUCUUAAGUUAAAAUUCAUCUCGAUUAUCCUUUUUUCUUUUUUUAUAGUCUUUCUUUUAUUAUGAUUUAUCUGUAAUGAGCUUUAGAUAUCCUUCAUGAUAGAUUGGAGACUGUUUAUUCCAUUUUGGGAAAACUUUGGUUUUCUUUCAGUGUGGAUUCUGCUGGGUACUGUCCUGA